GAAGAAGAAGUCCGGGGACAACAGUAUGGCGGUGUGAUGACGGAGGAGACAUAGGGACGCCUAGCUUCUGCAAUGAACUAUCCACCUCUCUGACACCAUGUAGAAGUGUCUCAUGUGUACUGCAUAACAGAGGCGGAUGCAACUUCAGAUGCCUUACAAACGAUGAGCGACUCUAGCUCGUCGUCUACUGCAUCUUUCGACGCCGGACUGGAGUCUAUGACGACGACGACAACCACGACCUCGACGUCGUCCUCCGAUGACUCCAAUAUGCCUGACGGCAUACGGGUGCGACUAGGAGUCUUUCGACGAAGAGAACGAGAGCGGGCUAGGCGGACUUGGGCCGAUUUUCCCGAGCCCACCAUUGAGCUGCCUGACGACGAGACCAUCAGGAUGCCUGAAGCAGUUGAGGAAUCUGACGAGGAGGAGUUACUUCCAGGUGUUGUACGCGAGAAGUGCUGUAUCUGCCUCCGCACAUAUAGAGAGAGCGACACACUUAGGCAACUUCCCUGCGGCCAUGUGUUUCACGACAGAUGUGUAUCGUACUGGUUGAGGAGACAACAAAUUUGUCCUGUGUGUCGCAUGGUUGUAAUCAUAGCAAGACGAAGCCAUCCUCAUCGCGGGACUCCAUAGCUGCCACAACGUCGAUUUGUGCACAAGAAAAAUUAAAUAUUACGUGUAUGAAU